AAAAAUACAUAAUUUAAUUUAAUUGCAAAAUACAUUCAAUUUUUUAUUAAUUAAAUAUAAAAUAUAUUAACUAAUUGUAUAUUUUACACUUAUUCUAUUUAUAUUUAUAUUGUCAACUCAAAAAUUAUGGUAAGAGAAAGACAAUAUUUGAGCAAAUAAGCAAAUGUCAAUUCUUAGACGGGCAACGUAUCAGGAAGUAUGAACUAGUAGUCAAUUAGCAAUACAAAUACAAGUAAUAUUUAGAAUUAAUUAGCGAAUGCAGGAAACCAUUCUAAGAAGAAUUCAUAAAGUAAUAUCUUUUCAUAUAGAAAGAGUCCUUAAUCUCAAUUGAACGAUAUCGUUCUUUAAAGCAGAGUAUAGCAAAAUCUUGGAUAAAAAGGGAUAGAAACUCGUUAUUAGAAAGAUAAUUAGUAGUAAUUCGGUUAAAGUCAGCAGCAUUUUUAAUAAGAAGGGUAUUAACAAAUUUAUAAUCAUGAUAAAAAUAAUUCAAAAGGUGAUGUUGUAGGCAAAUUCUAAAAUGGUUUUAAGCAUAUCAAUUAAAUGAUUUAAAAUGUUGAUAGGGAAAGCAACCUAUAAAAAGAAUAGCAAUAACUUUAGUUUCAUCAACAAUAAUUGCAGUCUUAGUAGUAGCAGUUGAAUUAAUUUACUAUAAAUACUUCUAAUAGCAGCAAUAAUUAUAACAAUAACAACAACAAUAAAAGAUUAAAUUCUCCUGCUUCCUCUACUCUUCAAUUACAAGGACAAAAUAUUUCUCAUAGAUAAUCUGUUGUAGGAAAUAAUAUUGAAGAGUUAAAGCAAUCAUUAAAGCAGGGAUUAAUUAACUAUCAAUUUUAGAAUUAGGAUUCAGAUAAUUUAUAAAAUAACCCUUAAAAUAGUAAUUAGCAAAUUAGCAAUCCUAUUUUAGCUAAUAAAAAUGGUUAGAAUAAUAGCAAUAAUCAUGAUCCAAAUGAAAAUCUUUCUAUUUUAGCAAGUAAACUCUCUGAAAUAGCAUAGAAUUUUUCAUCUCCAGGGAAAAAAUUAAAUACAGCUUCUUCAACAAUUUAUGCAAACAAUUCAAACGUUCCACCCUCAGCUAUGAAAAGUAGUAAUACAUUUAUACAACCUAACAAUAUUAACUAACAAUAUAGUUAAUCUAUGCAAUCCUCUCGUCAUGCUUCUGGCAAUCUUUACACUGCAGUAUCAUCUAACAAUUAAUUGCAAAAUAAUUAGUAAACUCAUUAACAAUAAUAAUAGUAAGUAAAAUAAUAAAACGGAAUUUCAAAUUUGAGUAACUUAAAAUAUUCAUAAAGCAUUAAUUAAAAUUUAAACUAUCAACCAUAAAAUAACAACAAUUAUAAUAAUUAGCAACUCUAGGAUUAUAUUUAAGAAUAAAAUAUUAAGCAUUUUUCUCCUGGAAGGUAUGUCGUUAACGAAUAUACUAAGUAACCUACUUCCUCAUUAGCCACAUCUAUUGCUAAUACUCAAAAAAAAUCUCAAUAAUAGACUUAAUAGAAAUAAAACCAGAAUUUGAAUGGUAUUUAUUAAGAUAUGUAAAGCAAUCAAACUACUUCUAAUUAAGAGUUGAAGCCUUUUAUCACAGACAGAGUGGUAUACAAUUAAAAUAGCUCAAAUUUUUCUAAGAAUUAGCUAGAAAACAAUCUACAAAUCUAAAAUGUUGGGAAUAAACAACAAAGAAAAGGUGCUUUUAACAAUAAUAUAACCAAAAAAAAGAGAUAAGAAAUGAAAGAAUACCGCCAUUUUUCAAGCAUAGAUUUUAAAAACUCUGAAUAAAACUCUCUCAUAAAUAAUACUCUUUAGCAUAAUCAUAACAUAAGUACCUAACACAAUGUUAAUAAUACAGUUAGUCAUAAUUUAUCUCAAAUAAGAAACAUAAGCUAAAUACCCAUGAAUUAAAACUCUAAAAAUGUAACAAGUAUCUCAGCUGCAAAUACUUCCAGGUAAUAAAAGACAACACAAAAUUAAAAUGUAAUUUAAACUGUUAAUUCUUUGAUUUCUGUUGAAUAAAAAAUGCAAUUAAUGCAAGCAAAUAAACUUAUUAACAGCUUGUAAACCAAUACAAAUGCUUCUUCAGUUAUUAAUACCAAUGGAAGUUGUUAACAAGAUAAUAGUAAACUUAUUUAGCAAGAUACUCUUAAAAUAAAUCAUAUAGCUCCUAAUCCUUCGGCUUAGUCAACAAUGGCUAAUCCUACAUAACUAACAAACUAAAUAGGAUUUAAUUAAAACAACCAAUAUAACAAUUUAUAAAAUUAAGGAAAUAACAGCAAGAGCAAUAAUGUUUAUAUUCUUAAUAAAUAGCAUUAACAUAAUUCCAGUUAAUCUUAAUUAUAAAAGUAAGAAAAUAGUCCUAAUUCUAAUGCACCUUCUAGAUUAACAAACAGAAACAAUACUUAAAGAACGCAGUCAAAUGUAAUAACAAACAAGAAUUCAGGUUAAAAUUUAUUAAGUUAAAGCAUCUAAUAAAAUAAUGGACUUAAUAAUGGGAAUAAUAAUUACUCCUUAAACGCCAAUUUAGGAAAAUCUACAAAUACAGUAAGUUAAAAUUCUAAAAACAAAUAUUCAUUAUAUCUACUUCAGCCAUCUCAUUCUCCUGGACACUAAAACUCUAGUAACUUGUUGUAAAAUUAAGGUAGGGUGUAAUCAGCAACAAAUAAUUCCUCAAGUAAUUCAAAUUAAAACAAAUUAAACUCAAACAUCCAUAAUGCUAACAGUACAUUACAAAAUAAUUACUUGCUUAGUUAAAAUUCUUCUAAGGUAUUAAACCCUGCAUAUUAAGUAGCAAACAAUAACUCAAAUAGCGGUAACAGCAGCUUGGGAAAGCUAACAUAGAACCUGUUUGGGAAUCUAAGUAUUCUAUAUAGUAAUGUUAAUUCAAGCAAUGGAAAUAUAAAUGGAUUAAACAAUAAUCUUGGUACCACAAGUAGUCCGAAUACUUAUAAUGAGAUUAAUUAAAAUUCUACAAAUAAUCUUAAUUUAAAAAUUUAGAAGCAAUUAUAGAACCGAUAAUACCCUCAAUAAACAUAAUAGCAAUAAUUUAAUUUAUUAAGCUCAAAUAUUGCUUAGUAUAAAAAGUAAGGAGGUUCUACAUCUAUAGGAGUUGUUUAAUAACCUUUGAGUGCAAAGAGUCCUGAAUAAAUGAUAAAAGAAAGAAGAAAACACUCUGAGUCAACUACUAACCAUUCAAAUAGUGCAAAUAAUACGAAUGUAAAAAUGUUUACUAAUCUAUCUUAAGGUAAGCAAUUCGAAGAGGACCUUAUUAAAGAGUAAUAAUCUGCUUCUUUUUACAAAAAUAUUUAAGUAGCGACAACUAAAAACUCUUUAUAAAGUUCUAUUUUACAGUAAGAACCCACUGUUUCUACUAAAUCAGGUAUCAAUAAAACCAAGUUUAAUUAAUAACAAUUCAAUACCAAUGAGCAAAAUUAAUUAUUAAAUUUAGAAAAAGAUAAGAUCAUUUAAAAGAAUUAGAAAGUUAUGGUUUAUAAAAAUUCAAGCAAAACUCCUGAAAGAGAGCGUUAUCCAUUCAAUACAUCAUCUUCAUCGUCUAGAAAAAUAGAAAUUCCUAAAAAAAGCAAAACUCCUAAAGAUAGAGUACCUUCAAGUUAAAGUUCUGCUCCAAACUCAAUUGCCUUAGACAUAAGUUAAAAUAAGGAUCUCUUAUAAAAUAAUUCUAGGCUUAAAUUAGAUGAGAGAUAAAUAAUUAGUAAUACUAAUAAUAAUCAAAUAGCCAAACAUAUGUAAAAUAACAUCAUUAAUUAUCAAAAUUUUAUCUAGUCACACAAACAAGUAAACACAUUAGAUUUUAAGUAUUAGUAGUAAACAAAUAAUUCAGAUGACUAAAAUGAACUCUUAAAAGAUUUUAUCCUUGAAGAUAAUUAAAAUAACUACAAAUUCUCUUCAAAAUACUAAAAUGGUCAUAAUGAUUUACUGUAACAAUAUAAUAAUUUGCAGUUACCACUGAAUCAUGUAAUUUUGCAAUAAAAUUUUUUAAAUGAAGAAGACGAUAAAACUAAUUUAGAAAAUGAGUAAAAUUACUAAUAAGAAGAAUAGAAAUUUGAUUAAAAUAGCUUAGCUUAAAAUAUCUAUGAUCACCAACAAAAUAUUUCAAUCAAUUCUUCUCAUCUUUAAAAAUUCAAUUAAGAUUAAUCAUCGAAUAUUUAAAAUACAAACCCUAAUUAAUAGCUAUCAGACUCUAACAAUAUAGGUUCUUCUGAAGUUUCAUCAAAAAUUAAUAAUUCUCAUAACUCUUUUCUUAAUCCUACAAGUAAUAGCUCUUAUAAUCCAAUAAAAUUAUAAACAAUUGACUCCAUGAUUAUACAUCAACCAUCUCAAGUAUUGCAUACUGGAAUGACUGCUGACAAAGUUUCUUCAUAGCCUUAUCAAAUCAAUUAGCAAUAUGAUGAGAGUAGAGAUUAUCAUGAAUAUGCAGAUUGUAGUAAUGUUCUGAAUAAUUCACAGGGGAUAGAUUAGAAUAACUUAAGAAGUAUAUCUAAUUUAAAAUAAUAAAACAAUGCUUACAUAAAUGAUGAAGCAAAUAACGACAAUAACAUAAAUGAAAAAUACACAGGAAUUAUAAAUAUGUAAAAUUUAGAACAAGCAAUUCAGUAAUAAAAAGGAAAGCAAGAUAGAUUUAAUUAAAAUCAAUAAGAUUUAUAGAAUUUUCUUUCAGACAAUUAAACUAAUCCUGAUCAAUUGAGAGAAAAAAUAUAUAAAUAGCAAGAACAAGACCUAAAAAAGUAUGAAAACUUAAAUUAAUUCUUAAAGACAAAUUAAAAACAACUAAUUAAUAGUUCUGAAAAAGAAAUUAACAAUAAAAAUUUACAAGAUGAUAGCAAUAAACAAAGUACCAAAAAUCUUAAAUAAUAGCUAGGAGAUAAAAGGAAGUAUAUAUUCUAAGAAUCAAGUGAUAAAAAAAGAAAUUAAACUCCUGUAAAUCAAACAAACAAAGGGAUAUCAUCUUAUCAUACACAAAGCAGCACAAAUAAAGCAGGAGGUCAUCACAACCAAUUAAAAAUUAAUUAGGAUGAAAUGCACAAUUAUUUAAAUUCUUCAGCAAAAAAACCAUAAAAACCUAACACAUAAUCAAGUCCAACGAGUAAAAACAACUUAAUGCAAAACUUUUAGUCAUAUGAACCAAGUUUAAUAAAAAAUUAUCCUUAAGUUCAACAAGCAUAAGCUUAAUAAUAUAAAUUUUCUGAAAUAGAGAAAAAUAACCCAGUUUCAAUUCUAAAUACAUAAAACUCACAAGAUUAUUGUGAAUAAAAAGAAGAGUCAAGCACAAUUAGUGAUAGACUUUAAAAUAUAAAUAAUGUUAAAUAAUAAUAUACAGAUUAAUAAAUUGAGCUUAAUUUAAAUUAAAAUGGAUACUAAGAUUAAGUAGUCAGUUAUGAGAAAGCUCUACAUGCAAAUCUAAUCCAAACUCUGUCAGACCAUAAGCAUAAGAUAAAUGCAAUAGCUUAUAAUAGCUAAGAUAACACAAUUUUUACAGCCUCACAUGACUAUAAUUUAAAAGCCUUUACUUCAGCUUCAGGUGAAUAGUAAGAUUAUUAUUGUUUCCAAACUAUAAAGCAUAAAAGAUGGGUAACUUCAUUAGAAUACAUACCUAAUUUUAAAAUUCUGCUUUCAGGUGGUGCAGAUGGACUAAUUAAAUUAUUCAGGCCUUCAUAAAAUACUAUUGUUGAAAGCAAUAGAUAAUCUAAUAAUUAAUAAAAUGAAUAACUUAUGACUACAGUUUAAUUAGAACAGUUCAACAAAGGUCAUUCAGGUACUGUAAGUGGACUUAAAUAUUUAAAUGAUACUAAUUUGGUAAGCUCUGGUUCUGAUGGAUAUGUAAAUUUGUUUGAUUUAGAAACACUUUAAGUUAAAUAAAAGUUUAACUAAAAUUCUGUCAUUUAAAGUAUUGAAUGGAUACCUUAAAGCAACCUUUUACUUAAUUUAAAUGAACACAAUCUAUCUUUUAUUGACCUAAGAGAUAAUAAAAUUGCUUUUUAGAUUUAGAACUCAGAUUUUUUAUGUCUGAAAUAAUUAGAUACAAAUUGUUUUUUAGUUGGAACAGGGCAAUAUUAUAAUCAACAGACUAACCAAAUUUGUGAAAAUACCCCUUCAGCCUUGUUAUUUGAUUUACGUAAUAACAUGAAUUAACCUGCAAGUAUUUUUAAACCAUUUAAUGGAAGUAGAAUUAAUUGCAUUGAAAAAUAUGAAGAUAAAAAUAUUUGUGUCAUCGGCACUGAUUAAAGCUUUGAAAGUAUUAAUUUAACAAACAACGAAGGAAACAUACUUGAUUCCUAAAUUCCUUCUGUGAGAUGCAUUUCAAUCGAUAAUGUUCACAAUAGAAUCUACUUAGGUUGUUAAAACCAUGAUCUUAGAAUAUACAAAACAUUUUGA